AUGGCAAGAGCUUUCACCAGAGAACCCUCUGGCAUUACAAUGCUACAAAGAAUUGGAACUGGAAUGUUUUUCUCUAUCAUAUCUAUGGUCGUUACAGCUUUAGUUGAGAUGAAAAGGCUCCAAACUGCCAGAGAUUAUGAUCUGGUUGAUCUGCCAAGUGCCACAAUUCCAAUGAGUAUUUGGUGGUUGGUUCCUCAGUACUUUCUGUAUGGACUAGCCGAUGUUUUCACCAUGGUUGGUCUACAAGAGUUCUUCUAUGAUCAGGUACCAAAUGAAUUAAGAAGCAUGGGACUUUCCUUCUACCUCAGUAUAUUUGGUGUGGGAUGCUUUCUGAUCAGCAACUUUCUUAUUUCUAUUAUUAAGGAAGCAACCAGUUGGGGAGGCCACACUAGCUGGUUUUCUGAUAACCUUAAUCUUACAGAUCUUGAUUACUUUUACUGGUUAUUAGCAGCACUUAGUGCAGUAGGAUUGUUGGCCUACAUGUACUUUGCAAAAUCUUACAUUUAUAACAGGGCUAGUACAAUAUCCACACAAAUAUGA